AUGCCGAUCUCCGCCGGCAUCCGCGCGCCGCCGCACGGGGCGUCCCUCUCCGUGCCCGGGACCGGGAGGCGGUACCGUGUGCAUCCUCCGGCCUCCGUAGCGGCGGGCGGCGUCCGGCGCAGGCGGCUCGGGGUGGUGGUCGCGGCGGCCUCCUCGGCGGCCUCGCCCGACGAGCUCCACGCGCGCGGCAGGCACCUCCACGGCUUCCCCGAGGAAUCUUCACUAUGGAACUUGAUAAAAGACGUGGAGCCUCUGGAUCUAAGCGUAGUCCAGAGAGAUGUUCCUCCCGAAACCGUGGACGCAAUGAAGAGGACUGUUUCAGGCAUGCUGGGUCUGCUCCCGUCCGAUCAGUUCAGCGUUGUGGUGGAGGCCCUUUGGGAUCCCUUCUUCAAGCUGGUGAUAUCUUCAAUAAUGACAGGGUACACUCUGUGCAACGCUGAAUACAGGCUCUCUCUUGAAAGAACCCUAGAGUUGUCUGAUGAUGAAACUGAAUGCAACGAAAGAUACAACAAUGAACAUAGUCACAGUGAACUUGAUCUUGGAGGACCUAUGGCUGUUAUGGGAUUGUCAGAAGAUGGUGAAUUGACCAAUGAAUCAGAAAAUAGGGAUGACCAAUUAUUACCGGAAAAGAUGGGUGGACUAGAGAACUUAAACGCUCAAGCAAAAGAACAUAUUCUCCAAUUGCAAUCUCGCUUGGAUUCCAUGGAAAAGGAGUUACAUGAACUCAAGAGGAAAAAUUCCUCCUUGCAAAUGCAACAGUUUAGCGGAGAAGACAAAAAUGAGUUGCUAAACUACUUGAGAUCAUUAUCACCUGACACGGUUAUCGAACUCUCAGAACCUUCCUGCCCCGGUGUGCAAGAAGCUAUUCAUUCUGUGGUACAUGGUCUUCUAGCAACUCUCUCCCCUAAGAUGCAUGCAAAGCCCCCUCCACCAUCGGAGAACAUCAUUGGUGGAACCCUAAAUUAUGGAAAGGGGGAUGAUGACCGUGCUGAACUCGUGGAGGAUGUGUCUCUCCCAUUUCAGCCCCUUAUAUCCAUUCCUCGGGAUCAUCUUGCGCGUCUCCUGUUCUGGUGUAUGUUGCUGGGCCACUACAUCCGAGGCCUUGAGCGCCGGUUAGAGCUUUCCCAGCUCCUGGCAGUGUCUAGUGACGCGAGGUUGUGAUUUGUGUGGUGACAAUUGCCAUGCCUAGCAUUAUGAAGCUUUUGCCGGUCGGUUGUCGUCUCCCUGCGAGCAUGGAAACAGUCUGGCUGUUCCAUAUCACCUGUUGCCGCGUACACAGGAAGAGAGGAUCUGCGAACCAGGGUAUGUGAGCUCCUGUUCUAUUUCGCCACAAAAGCUCGCGACGCGAGUUGCUUGCGGAGUGGCCGGUAGUACCCGUGAAGUUACCGGGUGGUGUUUCUUUUCGCUUCCUUGUGCUGUGCAUAUGUUCGGGUAGUUUGUCUAGCAAUCGACCUCUGUAACUCCUUUGUCAUCUGUAAAGUUUGGUUAUCUAUAAUUAUGUGGUUGCAUCGUACUGUAUAUAGUUGAAUCGCAUUGGUUAUUCCUAUUUUGUAACUUGAAGGGCGUUCCCAGAAAGGUUCAGUCGCAU